AUUCUCUAAUAAAAUAAUUCAACUGUCAUAGCUAUCAUAUUACUUGUUAAAUCAAGAAAACGACGUCUCAACAAAUCUAAUUAAGUUGUUAUAUACACGACUUGGAGAAAAUAAUUGUAAUCUAUGCAGGUUGACGAUCCCCAAAAUGCAACUAUAUAAAGACUUUUCUUUUUGGUUCUUUAUCCAUCAAAAUUUCAAACCUUGCUAUUUCUAUACUUCAGAAUUAAAAAUAUUAUUCAGUGCUAGUUCUCAAUUCUCAUUAGUGAUCAGAAAGAAAGAUAAAAGAUGGGUCUGAAAGGAAAGUUGAUUUCACAAACAGAGAUCAAGGGUUGUAAGGAUCUCUUUCAUGAAAUGUUUAGACACAAACCACACCAUCUUCCCAAUGUUAUUCCAAAUACAAUUCAAGCGGUCAAUUUGCAUGAAGGAGAUUGGGGUACCGUAGGCUCCGUGUUCAACUUGAAUUAUACUAUGGGUAAGAUUUUCUACAUAGACGAGGAAAAAAGGUUAGUGGCAUUCAGGGCAUUUGAAGGUCAUGUCGUAGAGCAAUACAAGGCCUUCAAAGCAACAGUUCAUAUUGAGAAUGAAGGAGAAAACAACUUGGUCUUAUGGACUAUCGAAUACGAGAAGCAGAAUGAAGACGUUCCAGAACCCUUCUCUUAUUUGCAAUUAUUCCUUAAUAUGACCAAAGAUAUUGACGCUCACCAUGUCAACCAGUAAUAUUCUAUAUUGCUCAGACUCUUCAAAGAUGUCAACGAGUGCAUGUCAGAUCCUUCAAAAGAGUAUAUUUUUUGAGGAUCCAACACGAGUUCGAUAUUAUUUUUGGAGAGCCCGAACAACAGAAGUAAUAUCUAUGAUUGAGAGAAAAUUAAUUAUGUUGUGAAUAAAGGGAGUUCCACGUUCUCUACGAAAGUGGCUGUGCUUGCUUCCAGUUCAAGAAUUCGAGUGGUUGUGCUUGUUGAUGUUUGUGUUUCUCGUAAAGAUGUUUGCUUCGUUGUAUUUUCAUGAAAUAUUGUACUACUAUUUUGAACAAAAGAA